UGUGAAUUUUGCUUUUCCUGCUUUCACUCUGGAGUAAUAGAGGGCUGAUCUGAAUGUUCCUUCAUGGCUGGGAUAACCCUUUGACUCCAAAAGCCAACCGAAGCAUUCUCUACUUUAUCAUUGGAAUUUUCCAAUCCUCUUCAUACCUACAAUGUUGCUCGUUACAAUUGUUUCUGUGGUUCUCUCGAGCCUUACAGUAGCACAACCCUCACCAAAUGAAACCCACCUCAUAGCCACCGCAUUGUUGACCAAAAACAAUGAUUCAGCGUUCGAAUGCUGGCAACUCCAGACGCCUUUCAAACGGUCUUCUAUACCCGGAAUAUCCGGCACACAAAGUGCUACAAUCAGUAACGUUACCAACUUCGCGUAUACGAUCCUUCCACCCAGAUACGAUGGUGGACUUCACAAUGCUCCAGUACCACAAAUGGUGCAUUUUUUGUCAGGGCUGGCUCAUUUGACCCUACCGAACGACCAUUCCACCGAUGCUUUCGUUGUCGGCGGUGUUGGAGGGUUGUUGUUCGCUACUGACACCACUGGCACUGGUCACAUAACACGAUAUCCGUCAGAUCAAGAGACGGUGGCAAUUGCGGCACCUUUUGCAGAUGGCAUUGUUCCAGAGCAUAUUGUCCUCAACGAUGGACCGUGUGCUGGUCUACAAACAUUUGUUUGAUUGGCGCUCCAAUGCUUUCAAACACCAAUAUGAAGUUGAAUGUUGUAAGAUUAAGAUGAAUUUGAAUGAAUUUGAAUUGUUUUGGCAAUUUUUUCUGCUAGUCUAGACAAUAUGAAAGCUUCAAUUCGGGACAUUGAAAUUUUUACAAGUGAAGGAGUUUAAUCAUAAAUAAUAACGUGAAUUG